AUGUCUGAUAAAUAUAGUCGUCGUCGCGAUUCGCCAUUAGUAAAAUUAUCAAAAUCGUUAUCGUACGUUCUUCGUCAUGGUGCACAAAAGGAAGGAUUAAAUAUUCGUGCAGAUGGAUAUGUUAAUUUGCAUGAAUUGAUGAGGUUACCUAGGUUUAAAGGAAGAACACUCGAUGAAAUACAACAGGUCGUAAAGGAAAAUGAUAAACAAAGAUUUGCUCUUAUACAACAAACAACUGAAAAUGGUGAUAUAGUAUGGUGGAUAAGAGCUAAUCAAGGACAUAGUCUAGAGGUGGAGGAAUUGGAACUAGAAAAAAUAACAAAUCCUUCACAAAUCCCCCAGGUUAUACAUGGAACCUAUUCAAGUAAAUGGAAAAUUAUAGAAACUCAAGGACUUUCCAAAAUGAAUCGUACUCAUAUACAUUUUGCUACUGGAAAAUGGGGCGAUCAAAAUGUGAAGAGUGGUAUGAGAGCAAAUUGUGAUGUGUAUAUAUAUAUCAAUGUUUAUGAAGCUAUGAAAGAUGGUAUAGAAUUUUAUAGAUCUUCUAAUGGAGUCAUACUUACAAAAGGAGAUAAGGGAACUUUGGAUAAAAGAUACUUUCUUAAAGUAGUUGAUAGGAAUGAAAAAAUUUUAUAUGGUCAAAGUGAUUCUGUGAUUCUAACGUUAUGA